ACCCUAGGCACUAAACAAGACACAUAUAAAUACCUUCGCCUCCCCGAUCAUUUCCCUCUUCUCUAUUCCGUCGCCGCCGCCGCUGCUCUCAGCUCGCGCUCCCUCGCACCGCCGCCGCCGCAGCCGCCUCUGAGACCUCCCCCUUCGUCAACAUGGGUAAGACACGUGGUAUGGGAGCUGGGCGCAAGCUCAAGACCCACCGCAGGAACCAGAGGUGGGCUGAUAAGGCCUACAAGAAGAGCCACUUGGGUAAUGAGUGGAAGAAACCCUUUGCUGGGUCAUCUCACGCCAAGGGCAUUGUUCUUGAGAAGAUUGGUAUUGAGGCUAAGCAACCUAACUCUGCCAUCCGUAAGUGUGCACGUGUGCAGCUUGUGAAGAAUGGAAAGAAGAUUGCUGCCUUUGUGCCUAAUGAUGGUUGCUUAAACUUCAUUGAGGAAAAUGACGAGGUGUUGAUUGCUGGUUUUGGUCGUAAGGGGCAUGCCGUGGGAGAUAUUCCCGGUGUCCGGUUCAAGGUCGUCAAGGUAUCUGGUGUGUCUCUGCUCGCUCUCUUCAAGGAGAAGAAGGAGAAGCCCAGGUCUUAGAUUGCAGUCUCAUCUUGGUUGCUAAGCAAGGAGUAGACAGUAUGAAGGCUUUAGUUGUUUAUGGGGGUGGUUCCUUUGUGUUUACAGUGCACUCUUGAAUUGACAUCCUGUGAUGGUGUUGGUGAAAACUAUUGUCUUGUUGGAUUUUGUUUCUGUUAAGAGAAAGUACUGUUAUGAGUUUUGUUCCCCAGAUUGACGUGACGAUGGUUACCUUAUCUGA